UUGGUUCUUUUGCGCGUUGUAGCGCUUUGCCUUGCAAUAUGGCGGACGUAUCCCGCCGUUAUUUGCGAGUGUGUGUUCCGUUGCUUCGUGUCUGAUCAUCUUGGAGGGAAACAGUAAGCGAGUUAUCUGAACGAUUCAAUUGGAAUAUCGCGAUCGUCAUCCGGAAGAUUUUAUAUCGACUUCAGCUUUUCGGAUUACGUGAAGGACUUCGUAAGAUUACAGAUAGCGAUGUGCGGGCAGCAGCCGCGUACUUUGGAACACCGUUGAGCUUUUGGCGAGUAUCACCCAGAUUGUUUCGACUCUGAUCCAUCGCGAUGUCGAGGAAGGCGAACAUGGCCGAGCGCUGUCGCAUCUGCCUGACUGAUAACGGUUGUAUGAUUGAUAUACGUGAUGAGAGCGUGGAGCCCAAGCUUAAGGAUCUGACCAAAUGCACCUGCAUUGAUGUGAAGUAUGAGAAAAAUUUACCUAGUGCUGUAUGCCAUGUGUGUUUGUAUAAGUUGGAUAUGUGGGACGAUUUCAAGGAACAAUUUGUACAGUCCAAUAAGAUUCUCUUAGAACAAUUAGAAAUAUCAGAAGUAUCCGAUAUUUCUAGUCCUGUUAAGGAUGAAAGAUGUAUAAUGGAAAGUGUGAAAAGGAAACGUUUGAAAAGAAGUGAAGAUAGCAUUUCUGAACAUGAGAAGAAAAAGUCUAGAGAUGUAUCUUCAGAGCUCACAAAUGUUGACUGUGUUACUGAUCAGGUUAUAUUGGAUACAAUAAGCAUAUCAGAUGAUGAUGGGACUAAAGUACCUAGUAAGAAGGCUGCAGAAAAUGGCAGUGAGGAACAUACAGAAAGCAAAGCAUCUUCAGGACCAGCUAAAACUAGAUUAUUACCUGCAAGACGUGGCAGAAAUAUUGAACGAAGGAAAGCAUCCACAAAGCGUUGGGUAGAGAGAAAAAAAGCCCUUUUGGCUGCAACAGGAGAGAAUGUGUCCGAUACGGACUCUAUAAUUUCUGAUGACGCACAGUUAUCGCCUGUACAAAAGGCUCGAGCAAAAACUAAUGCGGAUAAAGAAGCUGAAAGACAAAAGAGAAUCGCAAAAGUACUGAAAAAUCUUGAAAUAAAUCUCACGGAUAAAUAUGCUAGGCUUCGUGACAUAGACACGGAUUCUGAUGUGCGCAGAAUGAGAUUGAGUAAUUCACAUUCGAAUACCUUGCAGUCAAAAAAUAAGAGAAAUUCACUAUUAAGCAAAACUGAUCAGAAAAUUAGUGCUGAGAAAAAUGUAUCCUCUUUAGAGAGUUCAAUGGAACGUGAGAAUUCGCCAGUUUCGUUAGCGGAAAACAAUGUUACGACAGAUGUCAGCGGAAAGAAACCCGAAUCACAAGUUGACGAUGAAACGUUUAUGCCGUUUACGUUGAAAUCUGAGCUUGUGAUCGGUGACGUUACAUAUGCCGUAACAUCAACGUUGCUUCUUGCGGAUAAAGAGAACUCGAGCAAUUUAUUGAACGACUCUAAGAGUUCUAACGCCGAUGAAAACGGUCGAGAGAAAAAUACAGAUAUUAUUGAUGCGGUUCAGUUGCGUAGAGUAAAUAAUAAUCCUGUGACGUCUGAUGUGAGCAGCAAGCCGGCUAACAAAUGUGUUGAGAGAUGUUUAAAUAUCGAGGUAGAGGGUAACGAAUUGACAGUUUUGAAACGUGUACAAGUCGAAUUGGGCGUACAGAAGGAAAUGAAGCACAGAAUAUUCGGUACAAAUGACACCGUUGCGAAAACAUUAUUCCCUGAUAAAUUCAUGACUUCUCGUAAGAAGCUCGAUCAGAAGUUGAAGGGUAUAAUAGAGAGAGCUAUAAAGAAGAAUAUCGAGACCUCCAUUAGAAACGCAGAUGAGUCUUCGCGUGACUUCGCGAGGAUCUCGCCGACGGACAUGAAUUUAUCCAAAUAUCAGCCGAAGGUCAUAAUUAAACGUUUAGAUAUAACAAAAGAGAGUAAACUCUAUAACAUCAAUAACCUUCACGUUUUAAAACAGGCCGGACCAAGAGGGAGCAGUCAGGGACCCAUCAGCCUAACAUCUCGUAAACGUCAAAUUGUACCUCCAAAAAGGUAUAACGACUACAACACAUUGGAGUCCGAUUCCGACAAAUCAAACAACUUGAUUACUCCCAAAGCAACAUCCAAAACUCAGCAGACGAGAAUGCAGGAGAAUUUAGUGACGAAAAAAUCCUCGGAGGCGAACAGUAAGAUCAUUUCUGCCCAACGGAUGGAAAACAGCUCGACUGUCAAAACGGUAGAUAACGAUAUUAAAUGGACACCAAUUUCAGUCGAGCAAAAUUCGACGAACGAAAAGAAGGCCGAUUACGAAGAUGCAAUCAGGAUAGAAGAUGCCAUCACCGAAAAUCAUAUAUGCGGAGUAUGCGCGCUCACGUUUAGCAGUCGCAAGGACGUCGAGGCGCAUGUUCGUACUCACAAGGUGACGACGAGUCCCAAUGCUACGAAAUUACAAAACGAGAAUGCAAUAAUGACACCACCGCGACAGAUCAAGCAGAAAAUGAUGCGUUGCAAGAGGUGCCACGAGAUUGUCGAGGCACGUUUAGUCAAGUCGCACGUUUGCAAGACAGCGACAGAGGUUCAUAAGUGUUACGUAUGCAAUUCCAUGUUCCGGACGGAGAAGCUUCUCAUCAGGCAUUUGGACAGUCACGAUCAGUCGGAAUUCAAUAUAAUUAACGCGAUCGGAAAUAAGAAGUCUAACGAUGCACCUCAGAAAACGCAAGAGGAUCAGAUAAUUGAGACGAAAAAUCUCUUAACCGAGAAGAACGAUCAAUCUGAUAUUCAGUCUGAUAAGAUAACUAGUACAGGUGUAAAACUUGAUAGCGUGGAAAAUAGAGAAAAGUCUAAGGAAACAUACACUUGUUUCGUAUGCGAUAAGAUCUUUACGGAUGAAGAAGUGUUGAAGGAUCACUUGCAAAAGCAUUGCGAUGAUCUUAGCGAAGGGGAGCAGAGCAACAAAGAGCAAUAUCAUUGUGAAAUCUGCAGCGAGACUCUGGAAUCAGAUGGAGCGUUACAAGAACACGUCGGUAAACACUUGUUCGAUGACGAGGACGACAAUCCGAAUUUGAUUAGCAUAAAUCAGAAUAAUAAAGAUAAUAAUGACGAAACGCAAGAAGUGGAAUCCUAUCAUUGUGGUCAAUGUUCAGAAAUGUUCGAUUCGGAGACGUUAUUGGAGAUACAUAUGCAGGAGCAUGAAGAAGAAGUUGCAAUAGCGGAGUGGGAAAAGCAAGGAAUGAAAGUCAUCAAUCAGUAUCAGUGUGUACUUUGUGACGAACUGUUUUAUACAGAGGAGGACUUAGCGGAACAUAUGGAUAUACACAAUGAAAAUGCUCAUGUAUGCCAGUUAUGUGACAAACCGUUUCGUACAUUGGAAGACUUGCAGGAACAUGUCGCGAUCCAUUGAUGUACAGUUUUAUUAUAAAUUUGAUCCCACAAACAUAAUAAUGGGAAUAUUACAAAAUAUUUCUUGCAUGAUAAUAGUGAUAAAAAUUACAGCUGCUAAGAUUGUAAUUUAAAACACAUCUUUAUACAAUUAUAUGAUUGUCACAAGAUCUGCCACCAUUGUACAUGUAAAUGAUAUUUUCUACAAAACUUAGCAGUUGAACAUUUAAUCACAAAGUUUGGCACUUUUAAUUUGUUCUUAUUUACAUAUGUUUAAAAAUAUAUAAUUUAUAAGGUAUUUGUAUAUGCCAGUAGCAAUUUUGAUUAUAUCAUUUCUUUUGCUUGUAAAGAAAUUCGGUUAGAUUAUUAUAAUUCAAAUAAGAUAACAAAUAUAGUUACUUUAUUAUUUCAAAAUAUUCUAAUAAAAUAUGUUAUUUUAAUUAAAAGCUAUAACUAUUAUAGGCUAUAAGCUCUUUUACAGAAAAUUCACAUUCUAGAGAAAGAGAGAAAGAGGGAGAGAACAGAAUAUAUAUAGUAUAA